AUGCCUUCCCUUUCCAAUUCUGAUGAGCUGAUCUUUUUUGUGAAUGGAAGAAAGGUAAUAGAGAAGAAUGCUGAUCCUGAAGUCAAUCUGCUGUUUUACGUGAGGAAAGUUCAUAUCCUUGUGUUUUGCUUCCGUCUCACAGGCACAAAAUAUGGCUGUGGGGGAGGAGGCUGUGGCGCCUGCACGGUGAUGGUGUCCAGAUACAACCCCAAGACCAAGAAGAUCCACCAUUAUCCCGUGACAGCAUGCCUGGUGCCCAUCUGCUCUCUGUACGGGGCCGCUGUCACCACUGUGGAAGGUGUAGGGAGCAUCAAAACCAGGAUUCAUCCCGUGCAGGAAAGACUUGCCAAGUGUCAUGGUACACAGUGUGGAUUCUGCAGCCCAGGAAUGGUGAUGUCUAUCUACACGCUGCUCAGGAACCACCCAGAGCCAACACCUGAGCAGAUAAUGGAAGCACUUGGAGGUAAUUUGUGCCGAUGUACUGGAUACCGACCAAUUAUAGAAAGUGGGAAAACUUUCUGUGUGGAAUCCAGUGUUUGUCAGCUGAAAGGAUCCGGAAAAUGUUGCAUGGAUCAAGAUGAGCAGGCUCUUGAAAACAGACAAGAAAAAAUAUGUACCAAACUGUAUGAUGAAGAUGAAUUCCAGCCAUUGGACCCAUCCCAGGAGCCUAUAUUCCCUCCUGAACUGAUAAGAAUGGCAGAAGAUCCAAAUAAGAGAAGACUGAUGUUCCAAGGGGAGAGGACUACCUGGAUCACCCCUGUGACCCUGGACGACCUUCUGGAGCUGAAAGCCAAUUUCCCGAAAGCCCCGCUUGUCAUGGGGAACACUACAGUGGGACCCGCCAUUAAGUUCAAAGAUGAAUUCCAUCCAGUUUUUAUAUCUCCACUUGGGCUUCCAGAACUACACUUUGUGACCACCACAGAUGAUGGGGUGACAAUAGGUGCAGGAUACAGCCUGGCCCAGUUGAAUGAUGCCUUACAAAUUAUUGUUUCGGAGCAACCAAAGGAGAAGACUAAGACAUUUCGCGCCCUCCUGAAGCAACUGAGGACACUUGCAGGAGCCCAGAUUAGAAACAUGGCUACUUUAGGAGGACAUGUGGCAAGCCAGCCUCAUUUUUCUGACCUAAAUCCCAUUUUAGCAGCAGGAAAUGCAACCAUCAACCUGAUAUCUAAAGAAGGAGAACGGCAGAUUCCAUUAAAUGGCCCUUUCCUGGAGAGAGCACCAGAGGCCAGCCUGAAAUCUGAAGAGAUUGUGUUGUCUAUUUUCAUCCCCUACUCUACACAGUGGCACUUUGUGUCGGGGCUCCGUCUGGCCCAACGGCAAGAGAAUGCCUUUGCCAUUGUCAAUGCCGGGAUGAGUGUGAAGUUUGAAGACAACACAAACACAGUCCGGGAGCUCCAGAUGUUCUUUGGAAGCGUCGGCCCCACCGUGCUCUCUGCAAGCCAAACCUGCAGACGGCUUGUCGGGAGACAGUGGGAUGACGAGAUGCUGAGUGACGCGUGCCAGUGGGUCCUGGAUGAGAUCCACAUUCCCCCGGCAGCUGAGGGUGGCAUGGUGGAAUACCGGCGGACACUCAUCAUCAGCUUACUCUUCAAAUUCUACCUCAAAGUGCGGCAAGGGCUGAACAAAAUGGAUCCCCAGAAGUUUCCUGAUAUUCCAGAAAAGUUCCUGAGUGCUCUAGAAGAUUUCCCCAUAGAAACACCACAAGGAAUCCAGAUGUUCCAGUGUGUGGAUCCCCACCAAUCCCCACAAGAUCCAGUUGGCCACCCAGUCAUGCACCAAUCGGCCAUUAAACAUGCCACAGGGGAAGCCAUAUUUUGUGAUGACAUGCCCCGCCUUGACCAGGAACUUUUCCUUGCUGUAGUCACCAGCACCAGAGCUCAUGCAAAGAUCAUAUCAAUUGAUACUUCAGAAGCCCUGUCACUUCCAGGUGUGGCUGAUGUAAUCACAGCAGAGGAUGUUCCAGGGGAUAAUAACCAUCAUGGAGAGAUUUUUUAUGCACAGAAUGAGGUCAUUUGUGUGGGUCAGAUCAUCUGCACCGUGGCUGCCGAUACCUAUGCUCAUGCCAAAGAGGCAGCUAAAAAAGUGAAGAUCACUUACGAAGACAUAGAACCAAGGAUCAUCACAAUAGAGCAAGCCCUAGAGCACAAUUCUUUUCUUUUUUCUGAGAAAAAAAUUGAGCAAGGAGAUGUAGAGCAUGCCUUUAAGUAUGUUGACCAAAUCAUUGAAGGUGAGGUCCAUGUGGAAGGACAGGAACAUUUUUACAUGGAAACACAGACGAUCCUGGCUAUACCAAAAGCAGAAGACAAAGAGAUGGUGUUACACCUUGGAACACAGUUCCCAACACAUGUGCAGGAAUAUGUGGCUGCAGCACUCAAUGUCCCAAGAAGUAGAAUCGCCUGCCACAUGAAAAGAGCUGGAGGAGCAUUUGGAGGGAAAGUGACCAAGCCCGCUCUUCUGGGAGCCAUUAGUGCUGUGGCUGCCAAUAAGACUGGCUGCCCAAUCAGAUUCAUCCUAGAGCGAGGUGAUGACAUGCUGAUAACCGCUGGCCGCCACCCACUGCUUGGAAAAUACAAAAUCGGAUUCAUGAACAAUGGUGUGAUCAAAGCUGUUGAUGUCAAAUAUUACAUCAAUGGUGGAUGCACUCCUGAUGAGUCUGAGAUGGUUCAGGAGUUCAUUGUGCUGAAAUCUGAAAAUGCAUAUGACAUUCCAAAUUUCCGAUGCCGGGGCACAGUUUGCAAAACAAAUUUGCCAUCCAACACUGCCUUUCGAGGAUUUGGCUUCCCUCAGGCCACGGUGGUAGUAGAAGCUUACAUAAAUGCUGUAGCAUCUCAAUGUAACUUACUUCCAGAAGAGGUUAAAGAAAUAAACAUGUAUAAGAGAACUAGCAAAACAGCCUACAAGCAGACAUUUAACCCUGAGCCCUUGCGAAAAUGCUGGAAAGAAUGUCUGGAGAAAUCUUCAUUCUAUGCUAGGAAACAAGCUGCAGAGGAAUUUAACCAAAAAAAUUACUGGAAGAAGAGAGGGCUUUCCGUUGUUCCCAUGAAAUAUACCAUUGGAAUCCCCGUAGCUUACCACACUCAGGCAGCUGCUUUGGUCCACAUCUAUCUAGAUGGCUCUGUCCUGCUGAUUCAUGGUGGCUGUGAACUAGGACAAGGUCUGAACACCAAAAUGAUCCAGGUGGCUAGUCGAGAACUGAACAUCCCCCCAUCAUACAUACACCUGUCUGAAACCAGCACCAUCACAGUGCCCAAUGCUGUCUUCACAGCUGGGUCCAUGGGGACAGACAUCAACGGAAAGGCCGUACAG